CGCCAUUGAGGCGCCACUGUGGACUCUGGACACUCUGGACCUGGCGCUCUGCAGCAUCACGACGUUACCUCUGAGGCACUGAAGGCCAGUCUGAAAAUGAAGCCGUCUUUCGCAUUGGUGGCGUUCGUCAUCCCUCUCAUUAGAGCUCAGGUGCCCCACUGGGGGGCGUGUCCAGAACCAAGCGUUCAGGCCUCCUUCGACCUCAAACAGUUCAUGGGGAGGUGGUUUGAAAUCGGAAGACUGCCGACUCAGUUUGAGAAGGGUCGCUGCAUCGAGACGAAUUUCACUUUCAGGGCGGACAAUUCCAUCCGAGUGGUCAGCUCGGAAAUACUAAAAGGAGAGCUGAGGAAGAUAGAAGGAUAUGGUGUCAUCGAGGAUCCGAAGAAUCCCGCUAAGCUUGCAAUAAGCUACUCUUAUGUGCUGCCAUAUUCGCCCUACUGGAUCCUCUCCACCGAUUAUGUAAACACGGCCGUCAUCUACUCCUGCACUGACGUCCUGAGGCUCUUCCACCUGGACUUUGCCUGGAUCUUGAGCCGCACACGCACCCUGCCGGAGUCGGCCAUCGACAAAGCCAGGGAGACGUUUGCCAACAACAACAUUGACGUGAUCCGCAUGAUGGCCACCAAGCAGGAUGCAUGUGAUAAAAGUGAUGACCAGGAAUGGAAAAAUAAAGCCUGAAAAUGAGUGCUAUAAUUACAAACUGCAGAAAUGACAGUGUGUCUCAAAUUAUAUAUCUGUGGGGCAAAAUUAUCUUUAAAAAUACUCUUAACACCUUGAAUGUAUACACUUGUACUGCCAUUCUUAAUAUAGAAAUUAUAUUGUUGUAAAAUCACAUAUUUACAGCAUAAAGCUUUGAA